UUUAAAACAUUUUCAUUGUUUUAUAGGUAUGCAAUUUAUUUUGUAUCAAAAUGCAGACAAUUCUUUUUUAAAAUUUUUAUAAUUCACCAUAUUGUUAUACCUUUAAUUUUUAAAAAUUUUUGUAAUUCAGCCUGUUGAUAUGCACUUUGUGUUUCAUAUGCAGAUUUGAUACAUGUUUUUCUGAUCUACAUGCCAGUAAAUAAACUGUGGAACAAGACAAGAUCCAGUGCAGAGUCCUGUUAGUUACCUUAGAAUUCUAACACUAGUUUGAAGAAUUGGGUGGGAAGGUAUUUCCACCCAAAUGCUUUAUCUCUGGGUAUGUUUGUUCAGCUAAGAGUGUUCCUAAUUGUAGCAUGGAGCUCUAUUUGGUUCUUAAGAAUGCCACCAGAGAUUUUUUUUCUAAGUGCUUCUAGUAUCAUAAGAUGAUGUUUUCUGGACCCAAAUGCUUGAAUUAUUGAUAAAGUGUCAAAGUGUUUUUUUAACUUCUCUAUUCUAGGAGGAAUCAUUUCCAUGCCAUUUUCAUCAAAUAUUGGGAUACUACAUGACAAAAAAUUCAGAGCUCUUAAGUCAAUAUUAAGAAAGGUCUUAAUUGAAUGGCAAAACUCCCAUAGUAUCAUAGCUUUUAAAUACUUUAUCAGUCAUGGAACCUUUUUUCUUAGUUUCAUGUCACUUAAAAUUCAUAUCAUUUGAAGAAUAAUAAGCCUUGGUUUUUAGUAAAAGAAAUAAGCCAAAACCUUACUCUGAUUUAUUACUUGUUAUUAAAGUAGACUGGGAUUCAAAACGAUGAGAGCACAGUUGGAGGGUUUUUACUAUAGUGUUCACAUUUUUUGUGUCAUAAAUUUGGUUAUAGUUCUCUACAGACACUACAUUUGUAUAAAGAACUCUGUGAUAGGCUAUUUCUGUCGAUGGGAUUCCAAAAUUAUAGACACUGAUGUCAAUGCAGAUGAGGUUAGCCUAAUUUGGGCAAGAGAGGGACAUGCCGAGUCUCUAUAUGGAUAGCCGAAGGCUAUUGCCAAGAUUGACAGGUGUCCUGUGAGUGGCAGAGAGCCCCAGGGACAAAAUUUUCUCUUGGUUUACUUCUCUAAGAAACAAUGAACAGAGCCAUUUUUUUUUUUUCCAAUUGAUCACACUCAAAAUAGUGAGGUCUGCUUUUAACUCAAUUUCUGGUAUUAGCCUUAUAAACUCCAGAAAGGUAAAGAGGUUUGUACUUUCUUCUUAUAGUAUAAAAUUCUGUUUUUGAAAGUUUAGGUGUAUCUUAUGCAUUAAUUCUUCUAGAAUAGUCACCUGUUUUAUUGUUACUUUGCCAUGUUUUACAGAGGAUUUGAGACAACUACAAAUUGUUAUUAAUGUAAAAGAGGUAACUUUAUAGAAUAAUAAACUACAUGAUUCAACUUAGGAAAAAUAAACUUUUAGGAGAAUUAUCUGAAUUAUAAGCAUAUUUAUUGUAAAAGAGAUUUCAUACUAAGUUGAAACAGUGUUUGUUUUUAUAUCAUCUUACUGAAAUUUUAUUGUUAAAAUUUGAUUAUAAAUCACCAAGAUAAGUAGUACUAAAUAGAUCUCAAAAUAAGAAAAAGUUUUACAGCCAUUAGGUUGAGACAUUAAGAAAGCUGAGAUUACUACUUUAAGAAAAACUGUAACCUGAGAUUUUUGUAAGAUUUGAGUAAUGUAAAUGUGUCAUUAGCAAUGAAGGCUUUAUGACUUUAGGCAUAAACUCAAUAGUUGUUUCUGUUCUAAUAGGAAAUGUUCUGAUCUUGAAGUAUUGUGUCUUGAUUAUUUCUGUAUUACUAUGUCAGACAUUAAUAGAAAUUAGGAAGUGGAUGCUGGGGGAACCAUUUUAGGGUGCCAACCUAUUAACUAGCAUGAGAAAUGAAAGCCAAGAGCCCAGUCCUGCUGAAGACCAAAGAAGAUUUCUUAGUGCACUUGUAAACACAGUACAAGUUCCCGUCAUGGACCUUUGUGAUUGCAGUUAGGUCUAGAGUUAAGGUGAAGCUAGAGUGGUCAGGGCAUUUUCAUUUCUAGGUUUCAAAUACAGUGGAAUUUAAUUCUGAUAUAGCUAAAAUUUGUUGAGAGUCCACUACAAGCUAGCUAUUCAUUUAUAGAUACCACUUACCUCCCAUGAAGGGGAGGAAAAUAAGGCACAGAGAAAUGGUGAUUUGCUCAUGGCACUGAAGCUGGGAAAUAAAUCUAGUCUCUCAACUUUAAGCCCAGUAGAGUUUUGAGAUGGUAGAAAUAAUCUAUAUAGAAAUUCAUUUCAGUGAGAUGACUUUUAGAACUGCCCUUCUUACUGCCUCUUUUUAAAUCUUCAUCUCAGUUAUGAUUCUUUAAGUAUUGUACCAAAAAUAACCAUCUUGUAUUUGCUUUUUCAAAACUUGACUGUUUUUGAGCAGUUGAUAGGAAGAGAAUGUGAAGGAGGAAAGGGUAGCAUCCCUGGGCGAAGCACCGAGGCAGUAGGCUGAUUUGAAGUGUAUAGCCCAGGCCAGAAGGGCAGAGAAUGACCUGCAAGCCUAAGGCCCAGGCUGCAGCCUCUUACAGAUGACCGCUAGCGUUUCCCUUGCGCAUUGGCCUGAGAUACAUUCUGCUGCUCUGUCCCAUGCCCAGACAUCCUUCAAGUUUGGUUACUAGAGCCUUACUGGGAGAGAGAGUAAUCAGAGGCCUUGACAGUCUCAUAUUAAAGCUAGUCUCAUGGCAAAAAUAAAAAUGUUAUCUGGAUUUGUGCAAAGAUUAGUAUUACAGCUUGUUAGUUCUGUAGCAAGAAGUGAAAAGUUUGUGGCCAUGUGUUAAGAAUGGUUUCAAGUUAGGAAAAUUUGGAUUUACACCUAUAGAUUUAAUUUACACUUCAUUUUGACAAGCCUGGAAUUGAAUUAUCUUUUAAAUAAACUCUUUGCACUGAGGAUUAGGUAAUGAAAAUGACAUUAUUUUUGAACCAUUUGUGUUCUUUUCAAAUAUUUUAGGAUCAUCAUUUGUGUACACUGAUAAUCGGAUGAUGUCUUGUCAUGGACUGCAGUCACUCCUGAGUGUUUCUUCAAGGCGUGGAGCUAUUUCGUAUGACAGUUCUGAUCAGACUGCAUUAUACAUUCGUAUGCUAGGAGAUGUACGUGUAAGGAGCCGAGCAGGAUUUGAAUCAGAAAGAAGAGGUUCUCACCCAUAUAUUGAUUUUCGCAUUUUCCACUCACAAUCUGAAAUCGAAGUGUCUGUCUCUGCAAGGAAUAUCAGAAGGCUACUAAGUUUCCAGCGAUAUCUUAGAUCUUCACGCUUUUUUCGUGGUACUACAGUUUCAAAUUCUCUAAACAUUUUAGAUGAUGAUUAUAAUGGACAAGCCAAGUGUAUGCUGGAAAAAGUUGGAAAUUGGAAUUUUGAUAUCUUUCUAUUUGAUAGACUAACAAAUGGAAAUAGUCUAGUAAGCUUAACCUUUCAUUUAUUUAGUCUUCAUGGAUUAAUUGAGUACUUCCAUUUAGAUAUGAUGAAACUUCGUAGAUUUUUAGUUAUGAUUCAAGAAGAUUACCACAGUCAAAAUCCUUACCAUAACGCAGUCCACGCUGCGGAUGUUACUCAGGCCAUGCACUGUUACUUAAAGGAACCUAAGCUUGCCAGUUCUGUAACUCCUUGGGAUAUCUUGCUGAGCUUAAUUGCAGCUGCCACUCAUGAUCUGGAUCAUCCAGGUGUUAAUCAACCUUUCCUUAUUAAAACUAACCAUUACUUGGCAACUUUAUACAAGAAUACCUCAGUACUGGAAAAUCACCACUGGAGAUCUGCAGUGGGCUUAUUGAGAGAAUCAGGCUUAUUCUCACAUCUGCCAUUAGAAAGCAGGCAACAAAUGGAGACACAGAUAGGUGCUCUGAUACUAGCCACAGACAUCAGUCGCCAGAAUGAGUAUCUGUCUUUGUUUAGGUCCCAUUUGGAUAGAGGUGAUUUAUGCCUAGAAGACACUAGACAUAGACAUUUGGUUUUACAGAUGGCUUUGAAAUGUGCUGAUAUCUGUAACCCAUGUCGGACCUGGGAAUUAAGCAAGCAGUGGAGUGAAAAAGUAACGGAGGAAUUCUUCCAUCAAGGAGAUAUAGAAAAAAAGUAUCAUUUGGGUGUGAGUCCACUUUGUGAUCGUCACACUGAAUCUAUUGCCAACAUCCAGAUUGGUUUUAUGACUUACUUAGUGGAGCCUUUAUUUACAGAAUGGGCCAGAUUUUCCGAUACAAGGCUAUCCCAGACAAUGCUUGGACAUGUGGGGCUGAAUAAAGCCAGCUGGAAGGGACUGCAGAGAGAACAGUCCAGCAGUGAGGACACUGAUGCUGCAUUUGAGUCGAACUCACAGUUAUUACCUCAGGAAAAUCGGUUAUCAUAACCCCCAGAACCAGUGUGACAAACUGCCUCCUGGAGGUUUUUAGAAAUGUGAAAAGGGGUCUUGAGGUGAGAAAACUUACUCUUGACUGCCAAGGUUUCCAAGUGAGUGAUGCCAGCCAGCAUUAUUUAUUUCCAAGAUUUCCUCUUUUGGAUCAUUUGAACCCACUUAUUAAUUAUAAGACCUGAACAUACAGCAAUAUGAAUUUGGCUUUCAUGUGAAACCUUGAAUAUGCCAAGCCCAGCAGGAGAGAAUCCGAAAGGAGUAACAAAGGAAGUUUUGAGGUGUGCCGCGACUUUUUCAAAGCAUCUAAUCUUCAAAACGUGAAACUUGAAUUGUUCAACAACAAUCUCUUGGAAUUUAACCAGUCUGAUGCAACAGUGUGUAUCUUGUACCUUCCACUAAGUUCUCUCUGAGAAAAUGGAAAUGUGAAGUGCCCAGUCUCUGCUGCCUCUGGCAAGACAAUGUUUACAAAUCAACUCUGAAAAUAUCGGUUCUAAAUUGCCUUGGAGCAUGAUUGUGAAGGAACCACUAAAACAAAUUUAAAGAUCAAACUUUAGACUGCAGCUCUUUCCCCCUGGUUUGCCUUUUUUCUUCUUUGGAUGCCACCAAAACCUCCCAUUUGCUAUAGUUUUAUUUUGUGCACUGGAAACUGAGCAUUUAUCAUAGAGUACUGCCAAGCUUUCACUCCAGUGCUGUUUGGCAAUGCAAUUUUUUUUUAACAAUUAGUUUUUAAUUUGGGGCGGGGAGGGGAAGAACACCAAUGUCCUAGCUGUAUUAUGAUCCUGCAGUGAAGACAUUGCAUGUUGUUUUCACUACUGUACACUUGACCUGCACAUGCAAGAAAAAGGUGGAAUGUUUAAAACACCAUAAUCAGCUCAGGGUAUUUGCCAAUCUGAAAUAAAAGUGGGAUGGGGAAGUGUGUCCUUCAGAUCAAGGGUACUAAAGUCCCUUUCGCUGCAGUGAGUGAGAGGUAUGUUGUGUGUGAAUGUAUGGAUGUGUGUUUGCGUGCAUGUUUGUGCAUGUGUGACUGUGCAUGUUAUGUUUCUCCAUGUGGGAAAAGAUUGAAAUGUAAGCUUUUAUUUAUUAUUUUAGAAUGUGACAUGUGAGCAGCCACACUUGGGGGAGGGGAAGGUCGGUAGGUAAGCUGUAACAGAUUGCUCCAGUUGCCUUAAACUAUGCACAAAGCUAAGUGACCAAACUUCUCGUUUUGAUUUGAAAAAAAGUGCAUUGUUUUCUUGUCCCUCCCUUUGAUGAAACGUUACCCUUUGACGGGCCUUUUGAUGUGAACAGAUGUUUUCUAGGACAAACUAUAAGGACUAAUUUUAAACUUCAAACAUUCCACUUUUGUAAUUUGUUUUAAAUUGUUUUAUGUAUGGUAAGCACAACUGUAAUCUAGUUUUAAGAGAAACCGGUGCUUUCUUUUAGUUCAUUUGUAAUUCCCUUGUUACUGUAAAAGACUGUUUAUUAAUUAUGUUUACAGUUUGUUGCAACAGCCAUUUUCUUGGGAGAAAGCUUGAGUGUAAAGCCAUUUGUAAAAGGCUUUGCCAUACUCAUUUUAAUAUGUGCCUGUUGCUGUUAACUUUUGAUGAAUAAAAACCUAUCUUUUCACAUUUA